AUGCCCAAGGAGGAGUACGUGACCAACCCCAACUCGGUGCUCUUCAAGCCCGAUGGACGCGUCUACCACCUCGAGCUCAAAGAGGUCAGUCAGCUGCACGGCGAGGGAGGGGGCAGGGUGAGAUGGAUGCAUGGCUUAGGGCUUGUGGAUUGUGUGUGUCUGUCAUGGUGCAUGUAGGGCGAUGUGGCGAAGCGUCUGAUCACCGUGGGCAGCCCCAACCGCGCCGACCUGAUCUCCCAGCUGCUCGACAAGGACUCUGUCAAGAGCUUCGUGUCGUCCCGCCAAUUCACCACAUUCACUGGUAGCCAGCCCGUACACGCAUCCAUCUAUCCAUCCAUCCAUCCAUCCAUCCAUCCAUCGAGCGGGCCGGUGUGUUGUGUCCUGUGGUGCGGUGAUGCAGGCACCUUCAAGGGCACGCCUGUCACCAUUGUGAGCAUCGGUUCGCCGUGCAGGCAGACGGGCAGCCACAGUGUCACCAGCGCACCUCUGGGUCUCUGUGUGUGCAGGUAUGGGUUCCAUCAUGAUGGACUUCAUGGUUCGUGAGUACCUCGCCAUCACAAACGGGCCGCUCGCCAUCAUCCGGUCGGUCGACGCGCAUCACAUCGAUCGCACUACAAGGAGAACAGAUGAUGUCUCAUCCAUCUCAUCUACCACUGUGUGUGGAUGGGUAUGUGUGUGUGGGUAUGUCUGUUCAUUCAGCAUCGGGACGUGUGGUUCGUUCAACAAGGACAUCCCGCCCGGCAAUGUCAUCACUGCCAAGGAGGGCUCCAUCUACAUCUACCGCAACUAUAUGCACUGGGACGGCACAUACAACAACGUAACACACCCACUGCCCCCCUCCCCUCCCCCCCAGCACAUCCACACGGACCCCCAAUGUGUGUGUGUGUCUGUCAGGUGGACGAUGCUACGGCCAAGACGCUCUGUGCGGAGCCGUACUUCUUCACCAAGCCCGGCAAGGGCAGCGACCAGCUGCAGGACCUCAUGGCCAGCCACUUCAAGUCGACGAACGUGCCCGUCUCCGAGGGCCUCAACGCCUGUGGCGAGACAUUCUUCGCCUGUCAGAGACGCGAGGACCCCUCAUACGAUGUACGUCUGGGUGUGUCGAUCGACGCACCGACACACAGACACAGGCAGGGCAGACAGACAGACGGCAAGGGAGGGACACACCUCUUGUUUCUUGUGUUUGGGUGCAGGACGAGAAUAAGGGAGUGAUCCCCAACCUCACGAACCUCGCUGGCACCGGCAAAAGCAUCGACUUCUGUGAAAUGGAGGUCAGUCACUCCGGCACCCCCCGCACCCAAUACUCACAGCCCCCCUGCACAUGGGUGCGUCUGUCUGUCUGUCUGUGUGGUGGGUUCAUUCACUCGUUCAGACUCACGAGUUGUUCCACCUUGCCAAGCUGAGCAAGACGCCCAUUGCCGCCGGUGCGUGCGCCAUCGCGCUCGUCAACCGGCACACGUCGGGCGUCGUCGGCCCCGACCAGCUGCACCAGCGAGAGGAGGAGUGCGGCAAGGCCUGCCUUAGCGCACUCGUCGAUCUUGACGUCAGCAACCUGAAGAAAUGAACCGCUGGCAGUGAUUGCAAUGGAACACAUAGAUGAAUGGAUGGGCAGC